UCCUGAUGUUGCAAAGGCUUUCAGUUUUAAUAAAAAAUCCCGUGAAAGAAGAGAUUUGUUACGCUUUCUUAAGAAGAAAGGAAACUUUGACCAUAAUGCUACUGUGGCAAGCUGUGGCGCUGGACAAAUGGUCGCUUGUCGAAGACCCACUACAGCAAAACAAUCUGAUGACUACCAUCACUGCAAGUUUUGUCAGGGACUGUAUGCCAGAGAUAGCCUGUGGAGACAUGUGAGAAACUGCCCUCAGAAGUCUGUUGAGGGAGAGCCUAGAGCUGGGCGAAAUCGGAUCAGCCUGGACUUACCAAAACCUGAUCAAGUUCAUGAAGCUGUCUGGAAGAUUGCUUGUGAAAUGAACCAGGAUGACAUUUCAUUGGUUGUAAGGAAUGAAAGAGACAUCCUUAAUCUCGGCGAGUCAUUGUACAAUGCCAGGAAACCACAUGAAAAAAGAAAUGAUUACAUACGACAGAAAAUGAGAGAGAUGGCAAGACUGUUGAUUGCAGCAAGAGCUAUAACACCUGUGAAGAGCACCGAAGACCUUGUUAUGCCCAAUAACUUUCGCCACGUGAUACAAGCAGUGAGAGCUGUGGCAGGUUAUGAGUUGGAAAGCAACUCAUAUAAAAUCCCAUCGCUGGCUUUGAAAUUAGGGCACAGUUUGGCCAAACUUGCAGGCAUUGUGCAGUGCAAUGCCAUUAUUUCAAAUCGCCAUGCCAUUGCAGAGUCUGCCAAGCAGUUUGCCACUCUGUAUGAGAAGAAGUGGACGGAGUCCAUUUCAGCUGCUGCGUUGGGUACACUUCAACAAGCUAAAUGGAAUAAACCAUAUGUUUUACCCUUUACACAGGAUGUGUCGCUGCUGCACAAGUUUCUUGCUACUGAGCGUGUGAAGUGCAUGACGGACCUUGAGAAAGAACCCAACAGCAAAAGCUUUGGAAAUCUUGCUAAAGUGACUUUGACACAGGUAGUACUAUUUAACAGAAAAAGGCAAGGGGAAGUUUCAAAAAUGGAGCUCCGGACUUUCGCAUCCAGGAAUUGUAGCAAGUUGAAUCCUGACAUUAUGAUGUGCCUUAGUGAGUUUGAGAGGAAGCUUGCACAGCACUUUGACAGAGUUGAGAUUCGAGGUAAAAGGUCAAGAAUGGUGCCUGUGCUUCUCACACCUGACAUGAUUGCUGCAAUGGAGCUCCUCAUGAAAAGCAGGAAUGAGUGUCAAGUCCACGCAGAGAAUGUGUACUUUUUUGCACGCCCAAGUAGCUUUUCCCAUUACAGGGGCUCUGACUGCUUUCGCAAGUAUGCAAACCAGUGUGGUGCAAGUAACCCAGAGGCACUCACCUCAACAAGAUUGCGGAAACAAGUCGCCACUUUGUCCACAGUACUAAACCUAAAAGAAAAUGAAAUGGAUCAACUUGCCACCUUCCUGGGACAUGACAUCCGCGUCCACAGAGAAUUCUACCGGCUUCCAGAGAGUACCCUGCAGCUUGCAAAAGUCAGCAAACUUUUGAUAGCAAUGGGAAAAGGAAGACUGUCUGACCUGCAGGGGAAAGGGCUGGAUGACAUUGAGAUCAAUCCUGAUGAUGAAGUAGACACUGGUGAUGAUGAUUCCAGCGAAGAAACCGCUGAAGACCUACCUCAGCACAAAGGCUCAAGAACUGAGACUUCUGCGGACGGGACAUUCCUGAGGCCGGCACCUGACUCAAAAACCCUGGACAACAUGGAGAGCACUUCUGAGUCAACCAGCCUGGACAACGUAAACAGCAGCAACACUCAACCAAGACAUGAUUCCCAGCAGAACACAGCACUUCAAGUGAUUACGUCUCAAGCUUCUUCAAACGGCUCCAAAGGAAAGCAAGCUGGGAAGACGAGAAGCAAGUGGACAGGUGAUGAAGUCAAGGCUGUUGAGCGGCACAUGCUGCAUUUCAUAACAAGCUGCAGAGUACCAGGUAAAAAGGACUGUGACUCCUGCAUCCAGGCAGAGCCAGUAGCUCUGAAAGACCGAGACUGGGCUGCGAUCAAAUACUACAUUCACAACAGAAUCAUAGCAUUAAAAAGGAAGAUGAAUAGCUAGAAGCAGAACAUGCCAACUGUGGCUCGACUACAGUUUCGGAUGUCUAGUGUUAAUGUGUGUAUGAGGUAUCAUUUUGAUGUUCUCCUUGAAUGACUUCUGUUGUUGGCUUCUUGUACAAGCAUGCCACAUAAGCUUGACUGUAGCUGCCAAACGUUCGGAUGUUGAUUUGUAUUCAUGGACGCUGUGGAAGCGUAUGUUUUUUCCAACCCUCACUCUCCUGGUCACUUUUGUUUUCUAGUUGUGUUCUGUUUUAUAGAAAGAUACUAAGGAGACAGAUGCUUGUUCAUUUCAUGAAGGAGCCAUGUCUACUGCACUGCCUUAUGCAGUGGAGGAAAGGAGGCAAAGUUCCUGGGUUGUGGGUGGUCUACGCUAUGUGUUAAAUGUUGAAGUUACUUUACAUAUGAGUAGCAAUUAAUAAAAUUAAGAAAGACAUAAAGUGUCCCAUCUUUUAUUUAAAUUAUUUUUCACUCAAACAUUUAGUACAAAAUUCAUAAAUACACAAUCAUGAGACUUCAACAGUAGA